UUAUAAAACAGGUUUAAUCUUCCAUAGUAAAUGGCAACAAUAUAACAUAAAAACCCCCACAGUACACUGGCAUUGAAAUUAAGUAUUUUAUCAGCAAUACAUUUCUACAAAACAUUUAUCUCCACAAUAAUUAUUCAGUCAGAUAGCACAAGGGUGCCCAGGCAUAUUCACGGUGUGAAUGGUGUCAUAAAACACAUAUAUUGCCCUGGGGACACUUUUUUGCUGUUCCAUAUCUAGCAGAAUUCUCUGCUUCCUUUUCACAGUUCCAAAGCAUUCAUGGAGCCGCUAUAUGCAAUUGCUCACACAGAAAACAAUAUUAGAAAGGGUAUGAAUGUGUUUUUUUAAUACAGUUAGGAACAAGGGGCGAAAACCAUAACCCUAUGACCAUUUAGUUCUGUAGAAAUCAACAACUCAAUGAAAGAAAAGCCAUCAGUAUUACAGCUUUUUCAUAGACAAAUACCACUUUGAGAGAGUAGUUUAAAUCAGCCCGCCAGUUAUGAAAGUAAUCUUUCUUGAAUUUAUAAAAAUAGAGUUCUUCUUCCAGCAUCAAAUGCUCUUUUACUCUAAUAAAAUAGCAAAAGAAUAAAAUACAAUGAUUAAAACAAAGUGUGGGAAUUUAGAAGCCCUAGAUUAUAUCCCAGGCUCUGAAAAUUUCUUUAACACAAAGAUUGAGAAAAAAAAAAAAAAAAAGAUUUUGCUUUUUACCUUCACAGCAAUUAGCCAUGGAAUAUAGUUUUAAACAGCAAUGCCACCUCAACAGUUCUUCCUCUACAAGUUCGAGUGUCCUUUCAAAAAACAGUGAAAUCGAUUCCUUUAAGCCCAUUUUCUGUAUAUUCCUCGGCCUGUCCUUUAGGCUGACACUGUGAAGAAUGGAAAGGAAAUGACUUCGGUAUUUUUGAAGCAAGAGUUACUUGCUGCUUGCUCUUCAUCCUUCUUAAUUUGUAAAGCUCAAGUCAGUAGCUGAGGGAGCUUUAAAUAACCCAGAGUUUAACUAGGUAGAAGACUCAGACACAUACACAGCUUUCCUUCUCUAAGGAUGAGUUUGUAACGGCCGUGUCUUGUGGGAGGUUCUGCUCCCUUUCAGUCACCUGUAAAGAGAUCGUGUCUGAACCUCAGCGGAUGGACAUCUGCACGGGAACACUGGCAUUGCUGGAGAACUGCCCAUUUCCAGCAGCUGACAACGUGUGUUCUGCUGUUUCCUGAAAUCUGCUGACUUCGCUCGUGGCAUUUUAUGGCAGGCUUCAUUCGGGUAGCUCGGACCUCAUCAGAUCGGUUCUUGACAGGACAAGGUAACAAAUCUUUAUCUUCCCAGGCUUUGUAAGAAAUGCUUGAAGUACUAAAGGUCUACUUCUAUAAAACGUUUUUUUGUUCUUUUGUUCCCUGGAAAUAGUCACAAAUUCUAAUCCCGCAAUUUUGAUUAUGAGAUUUUUACCCACGACCACUGACUUGCAAAACUUUUUGUUGUCCCUUUAAUUGGGUUCGUUAGCCCGGUGUGCAGUAAGCCAAUCUGACACGCAGAGACGCGAUAUCGUUUAUUCCCUGUUUGCGCAAAGAUGGGUGCUAGGCAGUUUCCCACAAAGCUGGCGCACCAUUACAGUUCCAUCCUGUAUUUACACGGUUCUGCCUGCUGUUCACACCUUCCAAACUACAGUUGGUGAACUCUUUGCUCGCUUCGAUUUAAAGACAGCACCUUCUAAAUUCACUAUGCACAUUCAUUGAGUAGGGGUCUGUACCUGGCAGGGGGUGUUGGUAGCACUGGAGGUGUGGUUUCCAUAUUAGAAUGAGCCAGUUCACUCUGGGGACACCGAUUAGAGGAAUAUCGCUGACUUUUGGCUCUGAAGGACGUAUAUCUUGUCGUUAACAAGCGUUCCUCUGUUCGAAGUUCCUUCGCUACAUCUUCUCUAAGUACACCUCCUUCUAAUUCAACACAUUUGCGGGUUCCAAGGACAGCCUGCUGCUCUCGGACCCCCGGUUCUGUAACCGAAUGGAUAACCAAGGUGAUGGGAAGGGAACGUUCUGAGCAGAACGGUGUGGCGAUGGUUGGGUGGUUGCGUUUCUUUGAUGUUGCUAACCAAUUUGUGGCUGCCAGUUAUGUCCAUUGUACAGCCCCAGCCUGACACGGACGAUAGAAUAAAGUACGUAGCUGGCAGUGGGUACAAGUAAUAUUUUUUGUCAAAAUCAUAUCCUUCGACUGAACUUUGCUCAUUAUAAUCUAAUUCUAACACCAAACCACACCUCCACUCUAAAAGCUACCCGCCUUCGAGGUAGGACCACCCCUCACCGAGCAUCCUCUUUGAAUUUCUCUAAGCACACGGCUUUAAAUCGAAGCGAGAAAACUUUUCACCCAUCACAAUAAGGUAACCACGUGAUGUCAAUGUAAUUUUGCAGUGAGUUUGUAAGCUAAGGGUAUAAACGUGUAAGGGAUUAAAGGCUAGGUGCGCGUUAGGAGGAGAGAUCCCCCGCGCACCCAGCGCUGACUAAACCAAGGUCGGCCUUCUCCGCUGCGCUCCUGUUUGGGAAGUUUUCAUCGCCGUUCAGCGCGGUAACGGUCCUGCUCUGCUCAAGUGACAACGCGCACGCGCUCGGAGCGUUGGCUCCUCCUUUCGCCCUUCACACGACGCUCUCGUCGAACCUGCGGCAGCUCCUCCAGACGGGGAAUUGCAAGCUAACCGCUGCCGGGCCUUCUCCCGGCCUUCCCGAAGGAAGACGGAAGCAAGAUAAAACGAUUUCGAUAUCCAGCUGCUGGGACGGGGCCCGGCAUCGCCACCUGAACUACGUCAGUCACGUCAUCUCCAGCUGGAACCCACGUCACGGCCCGUUACGGAGAAUAACACUUUAAACCUCACAACCUCACGACACCGGCCAACGCCCUCACGAGGAACAGGCCCGGCUCCCCACCGGAAGCGCUUCCGGGUCGCGGCGCCGCGCCGGCCGGACUUACUUCCGCUUGCCCCGGAAGUGCCGUUCCGCGGCCUGACCCGGUGCGCGGCGCGGCCUGCGGUCCGGCGGUGCCAUGGCGGACGUGACCGCGCGGAGCCUGCAGUACGAGUACAAGGCGAACUCCAACCUCGUUCUCCAAGCCGACCGCUCGCUGAUCGACCGGACCCGGCGGGAUGAGCCGACGGGAGAGGUUCUGUCCUUGGUGGGCAAACUGGAGGGGACGCGCAUGGGGGACAAGGCGCAGAGAACCAAACCCCAGAUGCAGGAGGAGAGACGAGCAAAGAGAAGGAAGCGUGACGAGGACAGACACGACAUCAACAAGAUGAAGGGUUACACCCUGCUCUCCGAGGGCAUCGAUGAGAUGGUGGGCAUCAUCUACAAACCCAAAACCAAGGAGACCCGCGAGACCUACGAGGUGUUGCUGAGCUUCAUUCAGGCGGCUCUUGGGGACCAGCCACGCGACAUCCUCUGCGGAGCCGCCGACGAGGUCCUGGCGGUGCUGAAGAACGAGAAGCUGCGCGAUAAGGAGAGGAGGAAGGAGAUCGAUCUGCUGCUGGGGCAGACCGAUGAUACUCGCUACCAUGUGCUGGUGAACCUGGGGAAGAAGAUCACGGAUUACGGCGGAGACAAGGAAAUCCAGAACAUGGAUGACAACAUCGAUGAGACGUAUGGGGUGAACGUGCAGUUCGAGUCUGACGAGGAGGAAGGCGAUGAGGACAUUUACGGCGAAGUGCGUGACGAGGCAUCUGAUGAUGACAUGGAGGGAGAUGAAGCCGUUGUCCGUUGCACCCUCUCGGCCAAUCUUGUGGCAUCCGGUGAGCUGAUGAGUUCGAAGAAGAAGGAUUUGCAUCCUCGAGACAUCGACGCCUUUUGGCUCCAACGGCAGCUGAGCCGCUUCUACGACGAUGCCAUUGUUUCCCAGAAGAAAGCAGAUGAAGUGCUGGAGAUUUUGAAGACUGCAAGCGAUGACCGGGAAUGUGAGAACCAGCUUGUUCUGCUCCUGGGCUUUAACACCUUCGACUUCAUUAAAGUCCUGCGGCAACACCGGAUGAUGAUCCUGUACUGUACUUUGCUGGCCAGCGCACAAAGCGAAGCCGAAAAAGAAAGGAUAAUGGGGAAGAUGGAAGCGGAUCCUGAGCUGUCAAAGUUCUUGUAUCAGCUGCACGAGACAGAGAAGGAAGACCUCAUCCGGGAGGAACGUUCUCGCCGGGAACGUGUUCGUCAGUCCCGGAUGGAUACUGACUUGGAAACCAUGGAUCUGGACCAAGGAGGAGAGGCAUUGGCUCCGCGGCAGGUGCUGGACUUGGAGGAUCUGGUGUUUGCCCAAGGUAGUCACUUCAUGGCCAACAAGCGAUGCCAGCUCCCUGAUGGCUCCUUCCGCAGACAGCGCAAGGGCUAUGAGGAGGUGCACGUGCCUGCCCUGAAGCCAAAGCCUUUUGGCUCCGAAGAGCAAUUAGUUUCUGUGGAAAAGUUGCCCAAAUACGCCCAGGCUGGAUUCGAGGGCUUUAAAACACUGAACCGUAUUCAGAGCAAACUCUAUCGUGCUGCGCUGGAGUCGGAUGAGAACUUGCUGCUGUGUGCUCCCACGGGCGCUGGGAAGACAAACGUGGCGCUCAUGUGCAUGUUGCGAGAAAUAGGGAAACACAUUAAUAUCGACGGAACCAUCAACGUGGACGAUUUCAAGAUUAUCUACAUUGCGCCCAUGAGGUCCUUGGUGCAGGAGAUGGUGGGCAGCUUCGGGAAGCGCCUGGCGACUUAUGGCAUCAACGUGGCUGAGCUGACUGGAGAUCACCAGCUGUGCAAGGAGGAAAUCAGCGCUACCCAGAUCAUCGUCUGCACCCCGGAGAAGUGGGACAUCAUCACCCGCAAGGGAGGAGAACGUACCUACACCCAGUUGGUGCGACUGGUCAUCCUGGAUGAGAUCCACCUACUGCACGAUGACCGAGGGCCUGUCCUGGAGUCUUUGGUGGCCAGAGCCAUCCGCAACAUCGAGAUGACUCAGGAGGACGUGAGGCUCGUUGGCUUGAGCGCCACCCUCCCCAACUACGAGGACGUGGCUACGUUCCUGCGAGUGGACCCCGCCAAGGGCUUGUUCUAUUUCGAUAACAGCUUCCGACCAGUGCCCCUAGAGCAGACUUACGUGGGGAUUACAGAGAAGAAAGCAAUCAAACGCUUCCAGAUAAUGAAUGAGAUUGUUUAUGAGAAGAUUAUGGAGCAUGCUGGAAAGAACCAGGUGCUGGUAUUUGUUCACUCCAGGAAGGAGACUGGGAAAACCGCCCGGGCCAUCAGGGAUAUGUGCCUGGAGAAAGAUACCCUGGGCCUCUUCUUGCGGGAGGGCUCAGCCUCCACCGAGGUCCUGAGGACGGAAGCUGAGCAGUGCAAGAACCUGGAGCUGAAGGACCUCCUUCCUUACGGCUUCGCCAUUCACCACGCUGGGAUGACACGAGUGGACCGGACGCUGGUGGAAGAUCUGUUUGCUGACAAGCACAUCCAGGUGCUGGUCUCCACAGCUACGCUGGCCUGGGGCGUGAACCUCCCUGCUCACACCGUCAUCAUCAAGGGGACGCAGGUGUACAGCCCUGAGAAGGGGCGCUGGACCGAGCUGGGCGCUCUGGACAUCCUACAGAUGCUGGGGCGUGCUGGGAGGCCUCAGUAUGAUACCAAAGGAGAGGGGAUCCUCAUCACAUCCCACGGCGAGCUGCAGUAUUACCUGUCCCUGCUCAACCAGCAGCUCCCCAUCGAGAGUCAGAUGGUGUCGAAGCUCCCAGACAUGCUGAAUGCAGAGACCGUGCUCGGCAACGUCCAGAACGCAAAGGAUGCAGUGAAUUGGCUGGGCUAUACCUACCUGUACAUCCGAAUGCUGCGCUCCCCCACUCUCUAUGGGAUAUCGCACGACGAUCUGAAGGGAGAUCCGCUGCUGGACCAGCGCCGCCUGGAUCUGGUUCACACGGCAGCCCUCAUGUUGGACAAGAACAACCUGGUGAAGUACGACAAGAAGACGGGGAACUUCCAGGUGACAGAGCUGGGUCGCAUCGCCAGCCACUACUACAUCACCAACGAGACGAUGCAAACUUACAAUCAGCUCCUGAAACCUACCCUGAGUGAAAUUGAGCUGUUUCGGGUCUUCUCGCUGUCCUCAGAGUUCAGGAACAUCACCGUGAGGGAGGAGGAGAAGCUCGAGCUUCAGAAGUUGCUGGAGCGUGUUCCCAUCCCAGUGAAGGAGAGCAUAGAGGAGCCCAGUGCCAAGAUCAACGUGCUCCUCCAGGCCUUCAUCUCCCAGCUGAAGCUGGAAGGGUUUGCUCUCAUGGCAGACAUGGUGUACGUUACCCAGUCUGCUGGGCGGCUGAUGCGUGCCAUCUUCGAGAUCGUCCUGAACCGUGGCUGGGCCCAGCUCACCGACAAGACCCUUAACCUCUGCAAGAUGAUUGACAAACGGAUGUGGCAGUCCAUGUGCCCUUUGCGCCAGUUCAAGAAACUGCCUGAAGAAGUGGUGAAGAAAAUCGAGAAGAAGAAUUUCCCAUUUGAGCGACUCUACGACUUGAACCAUAACGAAAUCGGGGAACUGAUCCGAAUGCCCAAGAUGGGUAAGACAAUCCACAAAUACGUUCAUCUGUUUCCAAAACUGGAACUCUCGGUCCACUUGCAGCCUAUUACCCGCUCUACCCUGAAAGUAGAGCUCACCAUUGCCCCUGACUUCCAGUGGGAUGAAAAGGUACACGGUUCGUCUGAAGCUUUCUGGAUCCUGGUGGAGGAUGUGGACAGCGAAGUGAUCCUGCACCAUGAGUAUUUCCUGCUGAAAGCCAAGUACGCGCAGGACGAGCACCUUGUCACCUUCUUCGUGCCUGUGUUUGAGCCGCUGCCCCCGCAGUACUUCAUCCGGGUGGUCUCUGACCGCUGGCUCUCCUGUGAGACCCAGCUGCCUGUUUCCUUCCGCCACCUGAUCCUCCCUGAGAAGUACCCUCCUCCCACCGAGCUGCUGGAUCUGCAGCCGCUGCCCGUGUCGGCUCUGCGAAACAGUGCCUUUGAGAGCCUCUACCAGGACAAAUUCCCUUUUUUCAACCCUAUCCAGACUCAGGUGUUUAACACGGUGUAUAACAGCGAUGACAACGUGUUCGUGGGUGCCCCCACGGGAAGCGGAAAGACCAUUUGUGCUGAAUUCGCCAUCCUGAGGAUGUUGCUCCAGAACUCGGAGGGACGCUGUGUGUACAUCACUCCCAUGGAGGCCUUGGCAGAGCAGGUCUUCUUGGACUGGUACGAAAAGUUCCAAGAGCGUCUCAAUAAGAAGGUGGUUUUGCUGACAGGAGAGACCAGCACCGACCUGAAGUUGUUGGGCAAAGGGAACAUCAUCAUCAGCACCCCAGAGAAAUGGGACAUCCUCUCGCGACGCUGGAAACAGCGCAAGAACGUCCAGAACGUCAACCUCUUCAUCGUGGACGAAGUGCAUCUCAUCGGGGGUGAAAAUGGGCCGGUGCUGGAGGUCAUCUGCUCCCGCAUGCGCUACAUCUCCUCCCAAAUCGAGCGACCAAUCCGUAUCGUGGCCCUGAGCUCGUCCCUGUCCAACGCCAAGGACGUGGCUCACUGGCUGGGCUGCAGCGCCACUUCCACCUUCAACUUCCACCCCAACGUCCGUCCCGUGCCCCUGGAACUGCACAUUCAGGGUUUCAACAUCAGCCACACGCAGACUCGCCUGCUCUCCAUGGCCAAACCCGUCUACCACGCCAUCAUGAAGCACUCGCCCAAAAAGCCAGUCAUCGUCUUUGUCCCGUCCCGCAAGCAAACGCGGCUCACAGCCAUCAACAUCCUCACCACGUGCGCCUCAGAUGUCCAGAGGCAAAGGUUCCUGCACUGCGCAGAGAAGGAUCUGGUACCGUACCUGGACAAGCUGAACGACAACACUCUGAAGGAGACGCUUGUCAAUGGGGUGGGCUACCUGCACGAGGGGCUGACCGCCAUGGAACGGCGGGUGGUGGAGCAGCUUUUCAGCUCCGGUGCCGUUCAGGUGAUGGUUGCAUCCCGCAGCCUCUGCUGGGGUAUGAACAUCUCCGCUCACCUGGUGAUCAUCAUGGACACGCAGUACUACAACGGCAAGAUCCACGCGUACGUGGAUUACCCCAUCUACGACGUGCUGCAGAUGGUGGGACAUGCUAACCGCCCGCUGCAGGACGACGAGGGUCGUUGUGUCAUCAUGUGCCAGGGAUCCAAGAAGGAUUUCUUCAAGAAAUUCCUCUACGAGCCCCUGCCGGUGGAGUCGCACUUGGACCACUGCAUGCACGAUCACUUCAACGCCGAGAUCGUCACCAAGACCAUUGAAAACAAGCAGGACGCGGUGGACUACCUCACUUGGACAUUCCUGUAUCGCAGGAUGACGCAGAAUCCAAACUACUACAACCUGCAAGGCGUGUCGCACAGGCAUCUCUCAGAUCACCUCUCUGAGCUGGUGGAACAGACCCUCAGCGACCUGGAACAGUCCAAGUGCAUCAGCAUCGAGGACGAGAUGGACGUGGCUCCUCUGAACCUGGGGAUGAUCGCCGCCUAUUACUACAUCAACUACACCACCAUCGAGCUCUUCAGCAUGUCCCUCAACGCCAAGACCAAGGUGCGAGGGCUGAUUGAAAUCAUCUCCAACGCUGCCGAGUACGAGAACAUCCCCAUCAGGCACCAUGAGGACAACCUGCUGCGGCAGCUGGCCCAAAAAGUUCCCCACAAGUUGACCAACCCUAAAUUCAACGAUCCUCACGUCAAGACCAACCUCCUGCUGCAGGCUCACCUGUCGCGCAUGCAGCUGAGCGCUGAGCUGCAGUCGGACACCGAGGAAAUCCUCAGCAAGGCGAUCCGGCUGAUCCAGGCCUGCGUGGAUGUGUUAUCCAGUAACGGCUGGCUCAGCCCCGCGCUGGCCGCCAUGGAGCUGGCGCAGAUGGUGACACAGGCGAUGUGGUCGAAGGAUUCUUACCUCAAGCAGCUGCCUCACUUCACCUCGGAGCACAUCAAACGCUGCACGGACAAGGGGGUGGAGAGCGUCUUUGACAUCAUGGAGAUGGAGGACGAAGACCGGAACGCCCUGCUGCAGCUCUCGGACGCCCAGAUCGCCGAUGUCGCUCGAUUCUGUAACCGUUACCCCAACAUCGAGCUCUCCUACGAGGUGGUGGAGAAGGAGAGCAUCCGCAGCGGGGGGCCUGUGGUGGUGCUGGUGCAGCUGGAGCGUGAAGAGGAGGUCACCGGGCCGGUCAUCGCUCCCCUUUUCCCCCAGAAACGCGAGGAGGGUUGGUGGGUGGUGAUCGGCGACUCCAAAUCCAACAGCCUCAUCUCCAUCAAGCGGCUGACGCUGCAGCAGAAAGCCAAGGUGAAGUUGGAUUUCGUGGCUCCGGCCACAGGGACGCACAACUACACGCUGUAUUUCAUGAGCGACGCCUACAUGGGCUGCGACCAGGAGUACAAGUUCAGCGUGGAUGUGAAGGAGGCGGAAAGCGACAGCGACUCCGACUAACGACGGUCCCCGAGGGGCCGCAGAUCCCGGCAAGGUUCCCCCUGUCAUUCAGCCACCAAACCCCAGCCGCGGUAGCGCUUGUGUCACCUCCCUUUGUGUGGCUUCUGUGUAUUUUCCUGGGUUUUCGUUGUUUUGGUGGGGUUUUUUUUAAGAUGUUGAUGCUUUGUACAGUGUUUUUAGACGAGAAUAAAUCUUGAGACCCA